GAACAAAGAAUAAACGAUCUCAUGGUUUGUUUGAGAGUUCCGUUUACUUCUUUAUUUACUGUGAUUUUAUUCCCGUUCAUUGUUUCCAUUGCCACUGGUGAGGAUGACUUGAAGUGCUUGCAAGGUGUGAACAACUCGCUCGGCGAUCCUCUAGGUAAGCUCAGCUCUUGGACUUUCACCAACACCUUGGUUGGCGUGCUCUGUAAUUACACUGGUAAGAUAUGGUAUUGUCCAGAAUAUAACAAAUGUUAACCAACAUGUUUUUGUCAUUUAUUUAUGUUUUCAACUGAUUCGACAACAAAAACCAUUAUCAAACAUGCCCCAAACAAGAAAUAUUGUCCAUCUAUCUUCACAUUGUUACUCUUCUAAAAUUGGAUUUUUCAACAAAAAGUCAAAUAGUUCUUUAGAACAAGAAAUUCAUUAUUUGCAACCCUUAACUAUACAUCCACUCAAAUAGGUACAUGUAGCGUGUCACCGACUAUACUGAUAUUCUCACACUAUAAAAUUAAAUAAAAUUUUAGCGAAUAUAUAACAUAUUUAUUAUGAAUAUUAAAAAUAUAUGUAUUAUAGAAAACAAAUUUAUUAGUAUGAACAUGUCCUGGAUCAAGGCUAGGCCCAAUGGGCUUGAAAUAUUCCACACUUUGCCAGUAUUUUUCUGAUGAGUUGAAAUGCGAAAAAAAAAAACCACAGUAAAACUCGAUUUUAAAGUAGUCAUGGAACACUAGUGAUUGAAGUGGCAAAAUAAUUGUAUAAUUAUUCUACUAAUAAUAAUAAAUAAAUAAAUAAACCCAUGACCCCAUGGGCAUUUAAAAUUAAAAUUUAUUUUUAUUUUUACGCGGAUGAGCACACAAUUAAAAAGUCAAAAAGUCACCAAAUUCAAACCAGAAAUUGCAUAUGCAAUUGUCCGGCAAUUUCUUCACGACCAAGCCAAAGUCAAUCCCUUACUAUUCCUUCACAGUCAAUCAGAACCAUAUCUUGCAUAGAUUCCCAAUAUGACUUCAUACAUCUUGAAUUUACAAACGCUAAACCCUAACAAAACAAACCAAUCUCACCAUUCUAUUCAACAACAGUCUCAUGAAUUGUUUCAGAUUAUUCAGCUUUCUUCUAUUAACAAUCAUUGCAUUUCUCUGUGUUGUCUUUGUUUCGAUCGCCGACGACGAUGUGAAGUGCUUGCAAGGUGUGAAGAGCUCGCUCACUGACCCUCAAGGUAAGCUCGAUUAUUGGACUUUCUCCAACAAUUCAGUCGCCUUUCUCUGCAAAUACGUCGGCGUUGCAUGCUGGAACGAUCGCGAAAACCGUCUCUUCGGCCUAGAGCUUCGCGAUAUGAACCUCGGCGGCGAAAUUCCGGAGUCUCUGCACUACUGUCAUAGCUUGCAAGUUCUCGAUCUCUCCAGUAACGAUCUCACCGGUUCAAUUCCUGCACAAAUCUGUACUUGGUUGCCUUAUUUAGUAACCCUAGAUUUGUCUAAUAAUAAUCUUACUGGUUCAAUUCCGGUUGAUCUUGGUAAUUGUUCGUAUAUGAAUAAUCUUAUAUUGUCAAACAAUAAGCUCUCUGGUACUAUACCUUAUCAAUUAUCGAGUUUGGGUCGACUUAAGAAGUUUUCUGUGGCAAAAAAUGAUCUCUCCGGCACAAUUCCAAUGAAUUUUGAUGAUUUUGAUUCGGCGGAUUUUGCUGGGAAUAAUGGACUUUGUGGGAGGCCGCUUGGGGGUUGUGGUGCUGGUUUGAGCAAUAAGAAUCUUGCAAUUAUAAUUGCAGCAGGUGGUGUUGGUGCCGCGGUGUGGAUGUUUUUAGGGUUUGGGUUGUGGCGGUGGUACUUUAAGAAGUUGGAUUGGAGAAGCAAGAGUGGUUACUGGAUUGAUGAUAUGGAUUGGAGGAGCAAUAGUGAUUACGGGAUUGAAAGCGAUGAUGAUGAUUGGAUUCAGAAAUUGAGGGCGCACAAGCUUGUUCAGGUUUCGUUGUUCCAGAAACCGCUUGUGAAGCUUAAGCUGGGGCAUUUAAUGGCUGCCACCAACAAUUUCAGUGCAAAAUAUUUUAUAGGUUCCACUAAGACGGGGACUACUUAUAAGGCUGUUCUUAAAGAUGGGUCUGAGCUUGCAAUCAAGCGGCUUAAUGCUUGCAAAUUAAGUGAAAAGAAAUUUAGGUCAGAGAUGAAUAGAUUAGGGCAGCUUAGGCACCCGAAUUUGGCUCCGGUUUUGGGGUUCUGCGUGGUGGAAGAGGAAAAGUUGUUGGUUUACAAGCACAUGUCAAAUGGAACUUUGUAUUCAGUAUUGAAUGGGAAUGAGAUUGUAUUGGAUUGGGCAGAUAGAUUUAGGAUUGGUUUAGGUGCUGCCAGAGGGCUUGCUUGGCUUCACCAUGGCUGUCAACCUCCAAUCUUGCACCAGUAUAUUAGCUCUAGUGUGAUUCUCCUCGAUGAGGACUUUGAUGCGAGGAUAGUCGAUUUUGGGCUAGCGAGGCUUAGGUCUUCUUCUGAUUCAAAUGGGAGUAGCUUUGUCAAUGGGGAUUUCGGUGAAUAUGGUUAUGUAGCUCCAGAGUAUUCAAGCACGGGGGUUGCUUCAUUAAAAGGGGAUGUUUAUGGUUUCGGUGUAGUGCUUUUGGAGUUGGCAACGGGUCAGAAACCUCACAAAGUUUGCGAUACCAAGGAAGAGUUUUAUGGCAAUUUGGUGGACUGGGUAAAUCAGCUCUCAAGUUCUGGUCAAAUUAAGGAUGUCAUUGAUAAAGAUCUCUGUGGAAGGGGUCAUGAUGAAGAAAUUGUGCGGUUCCUGAGAAUUGCAUGUAAUUGUGUAGUUUCUCGACCUAAGGAGAGAUGGCCUAUGUACCAGGUUUAUGAAUCAUUACAGAGCAUGGCUGAGGAACAAGGUUUCUCAGAACAAUAUGAUGAAUUUCCACUAUUUUUUGGCCGGGAAGACGCUGAUAAUCCGGUUCAUCUUUAGAAGAAAAAGAUGGGAGAAGCACGACAAAGUAGUUCCACACCUUGUCGUGUGAAAAUUUCGGCGUCUCAUUGUACGUUCUCUGAUGCUCUAAAUGUAAAUGUCAUAUUAUUCAUUUUAGCUAGCUUUUCCUGAUACAUUACCAUAUGAUUGGAUGUAGCUAUAUGAUACAAUGAGCUGCUUAAACUGUAGCCACCCAUUUAUAGAAAAUCUGUGUUUGCCUUCUGUUGAAGGAAAAGCAUCUCUGAGCUCUUUGUUGUUUGUAACAAACUUCCCUGCAUGUAGGUGAAAAUACAUAGAAGAUGAUAGACGGAACUUUGUAAUAUUGUAAUAUAGAAUUGGAAAAAUCAGUUAUCUGAUUUGGUUUAGUGAAAUCUUUGCCAUGGGUUAAUAGAUGAAUCUUUCCUUGCUACUCAAUUACAUAUCAUGUGCUACAAUUAGCAGGUAGUGUUUUUUCUAUCUUUAUUGCAUAUCCUUUUUUCUGGUUUUUUUUCUUUUGGUAAUAAUAUUGGAGCCAAUGGUCGAAAUAUCCAAUUAGAUUCAAUGGUCAAAAUAUCCAGUUAGAUUCAACAAAGAUAUAUAUAUAUAUAUAUAUAUAUAUAUAUAUAUAUAUAUAUAUAUAGAGAGAGAGAGAGAGAGAGAGAGAGAGAGAGAGAGAGAGAGAGAGAGAGGUAUUGACAAAGUCCACUUACUAAGUCAAGCGUCAAUUACACUCUAAAAAAAUCAUAUGAAGACUUGGGCCAAAGAGAGGAGUACCUUGGAACUAAGAAUAAACGAUCUAAUGGUUUGUUUCAGAGUUCCAUUUACUUCUUUAUUAACUGUGAUUGUAUUCUCGUUCACUGUUUCCAUUGCCACUGGUGACGAUGACUUGAAGUGCUUGCAAGGUGUGAAGAAGUCGCCCAGAGAUCCUCUAGGUAAGCUCAGCUCAUGGACUUUCACGAACACCUCGGCUGGCGCGCUCUGCAAUUACACUGGUGUAUCAUGUUGGAAUGAUCGUGAUAACCGUUUGUUUGGUCUUGAGAUUCGUGACAUGAAGCUGGUCGGCGACAUCCCAGAGCCUCUGCAUUUCUGUCAUAGCUUGCAAUCUCUUGAUCUAUCAGUUAUAAUUCGACAGAUUUUGUUGGGAAUAAUGGACUUCGCGGCCGGCCGCUUGAGAAAGAUGGUGGUUUAAAGAGGAAAGAUGUUGCAAUUAUAAUUGCUGCGGGUGUUUCGGGUGCAGUGGCGUCCAUGUUGUUGUCCAUGUUGUUAGUGUGGUUCUGUUGUUUCACAAAACGCUCUAAAGGUUAAGAUGUAACAAUUUUCUGCUAUGGUGGAUCAUUUAGGGUCCAUUCCGCAAGUGCUUGUGUUUGCAUUUUAGAUUUCAUAAGAAGUAAUGUUUUUGUUUGGCUC